AUGGUCUCCUUCACUCUCACAUCCGCCUUGGUCCUCGCCGCCACCCUGAUGAUGGCAUCCGCCCAGGAAACAAGCUCCGACCCCUUCUGGGGCACCGUGACAACACCUUCCGCCAUUGCUUCGCCGACAACCACCAUAGCCGCCAACGCCAUGGAGACGAUCGGCUGCUUCGAGACCGGCACACCUCUGUCCAACUACGGCUUCUACGAGUACCAGAGCCCUGGUAACUGCCAGUUUGUGUGCCUCCAAUACGGGAAGAACGUUCUCGGUCUGUCCAACGGUGUCGAUUGCUGGUGCGGAGACCAGAUCCCCGCACUGGAUUGGCAGGUCAACAACAGCACCUGCGCUACAACAUGUGGAGGAACCGAUAAAGAGCUGUGCGGUGGAGCCAACAAGCUCUGGGUCAUGCUUACCGGAAACACACGCAACAAAGUCGGGUACUUUUCCAUCCCUGCAGACUCCUCAUCGUCAGCAAAGACGUCAUCGACUGCAGCAUCCACCUCAUCCGCUACCACCGCCUCCCCCUCCCCCUCCCCAUCCAAGACGGCCUCCACCAACUCGGACAGCAAGCCGAACACGGCCGGUAUCGCCGCAGGAGUAGUCGUCGGUGUCGUCGGCCUUGCUGCCAUUAUCGGUGGCGUCUGGUUUUUCCUGCGACGCAGACGUCAGCACCAGGCCGAGGAGGACUACCGUCGCAACGCAGCCGGCGUCAACGACUUCAUCAACGGAGGCAAGACCGGUGCCUCCUCCCUAAACGAUUCACGCAUCGACCCCAGCUUCAUGGACCGAAGGCAGAGCAACGGGAGCAUCGCAGACAACGAAGACUACUCGAGGAGGAUAUUGAAGGUCACCAAUGUAUGA